AUGGCUGACAGAUUCCCUGAACUAUACAUACAGUCACUGCAACAAUCAGGAAGUGACAGUGCAGCAAGCAGCGCAGCAUGGGCUCACAGAUUCACUAGUUGCGCGACAUCUCUGGUCGCCACGGAGCAGCUCGAUGAAGCAAUGCAAAUAGCCAACCAGCAAGUGCUGACCACGGAACAAGACAGAAGAAAGAGCUUACUGCUGAAGCCAGAUGGGGACUUGGACACAUCAGCCAUAUACAGUGCUCUCAAGACGGCAAACGCAACCCCUGAUGCCUGGACAAAAUUUGUUUGGAAAAAACAAGCCCCAAAAAUAGGGAGGCAGGGCACUGAAUAA